AUGGAGAAAGAGAGUGGCCAAUCUGCAGAGAAGGGUGUUCUGGCCCUUGCUUUUAUGACCUACGACCUCUUCAUCAUUCCCGCCUCAGUCUUCCACUGGGAGCAGUCGAUGAAAGACUUCGUGCACGCGGUGCAGAUCCUGUCCACCGCCUACUGGCUUCUGGAUAUCCCCGCUUCAUUCUUUACCGCCGUCUACGUGAACAACACUCUGCUGACCAAGCCCUCAGACAUCGCGAAGGAGUAUCUGAAGACUUGGUUCUUUUUCGACGUCUUCAUCGUGAUUCCGGAGAUCCUUCUCUGGGGCGGACAAGCCGAUGCCCAAGGAGUUGGCUUGGUUCACGUCCUCGUGUUCUCUAAAUAUGUCAAAGUCGGAAAAUCCUCGAUCCACUGCACUCACAAGUCUACCGGCAGCGAUCCUCCAAUCCUUGGACGGCUCCGAGGAUAUAGCUCCAUCGCGCGAGAGAUGGGCGCUGAGCUGACUUAUGCACCGAUCCUGUUUGUGUCCCACAACCCUUGGAUGGCAGAGCUUGCAGAAAGCUUCAUACACAACUACUUGAAGGUUUACCACCCGGAAAUCUGUCUCGACCACACGUCCUCCAAGAAGGGCGCCGCUGGACAUGAAACCUACGACCUUGCGGGCCUGAACAUGGUGCUGUCCGCCGCUUCUUUUGCCGCGAGCCGCACCGUGGAUCAACUCACCUCCGGCAAGAAAACUUUCAUGGCCGUUAGCUCAAGGGUGACAAUGAGAGUCGCCCUGCUGUUGAUCGGCGCACUGGUGCGCCCGCUCGGGGGGCUAUGGCCUUUCGCUGUGGGUAGCGAAAACCAAACGUGCGACAAAGGAGGAGCAGGUUCGUGCCCUACAGAAGGGCACGAGCCUUACAGUACCCGUGGCUCGGAACCGAGCCCGGGAGCAUCGUACUGGUGGUUCGACUGGUCCUGGGAAGGCUCCACUGAACCGAAAGCCAGCACGCCCCAAGCCGAAGACGCCCAUUCUCGUCGCUGGUACUUCCGGAUUUUGGCCGGAGUACUGUGGGAGAUAUGGGAAGGGGGGUUGACCUGGUGCGGCACCCUGUGUGCCUCCAUUGGGCUCGCUGCAAGGUGGACCUAUUGGCUGGCCACCACUACCAUCCUGCUGGGUAUGUUACAACUUACCUAUUGGACCUAUGCGUGGGUCGUCAGGCCCAUCUUCGUCGUCAUUGGAGCACUGCUCCAGUACGUGGCGGGCCGAGGGACCUGGGAGGCCGUGCUGAGGGGGCGCGCUCCGCGCCCGGGUGAGGAAGAAGGGCGCACUCCGCGCCACGAUUUGUCAGAGACCGAAUCGGAGGAAGAAGACAACCCGUGCCAGGCCGAUGCGAUCGCCUGGAAAGAGGGCACGCAGACGAAAAGGCUCAGCAAAGAGCGCUGCAAAGACGAGAGCUACGACCUUUCAAAGACCAGAAGAGCUUGCUCAGUCGAGGGCUGUGGGAAGGUCGCCCAGACAGUGAAGGGAAGCCAGAAAGAGGUCCAUCAGCCGUGGCGCGGAGCGCGCCCGGCCGCAUUCGCAGGAUGCCACACCCAAGCGCGGAACGCGGAUCAGGUACUCACGGGGUUGACCUGGGAAGAGAUCGCGGGGAUACCGGAUGAAGAUCUUCGAAAAAGGGCCAUAUUUCUCAAGCAAAGAGGCGCGACGCCCGGCCCAACUUCAGGUGGACCGGACAGGAGCGCCUCCAGAACCGAUGCACCAGACGACAGCCAGGCCCUGUUCGCGUAUAUGGAAGCGAGACUCCAGGGGAAGGGGCACGACUCAGCUGUCGAGGUGUCCGAGGUGGACGGCCGGACUCCGUCCGAGAGACAGAGGCGUCUCCGGGAACUGGCACGGAGGCAUUGCAUACGAAUUACCAGCGAACUACCGGCCGAGGCCAGCAAAUUCAUUUGGGAACUAGCCCAACCGCAGGUCUCGACAGACGGGCAGCCAGGAGGAGGUUUCUACCCGUGGACCGCUUCGGACCCGGGUCCUCCUUCUCACCACCAGAGCAGGACAAGUCCGUGGGCUGCUCCAGCCCCGGAACGUCCGUGGGCAGCCCAGGGCUCGGAUCACCGGCCAACCGCUCAGGCAUUGUUCAGGCAAAACCCCGGAGCAGGGGGAGCUGGGGGCAGAACUGAUGCGGUAGAUGCGCUGGCCCAGGCCACCAGGGCUUUCCGAGCAGGAGCCUUCACGGAUGCAGAGGCACCCGCAGCAGACGAGACGACUAAAGCCCUCCAGGCGAUAGCCAAAAGCCUGACCUCCAAGGAAGACGCCCUCGCACAGGAGCGAGGUAAACUGGCAUCAAUUGGGCGAUUGGAGGAGAGGCUUGUGUUUUUGCUCCGGGGCUGCGACUCCCUGAGUGUCACUCUCUGCCCUGGCGUGGUAGGGAAAGAACUCUUUCAUGCGCUUCGCAUCGCAGGGACGCAAGCGAGACCUCAGUUGCGGAAGAUCGAGUUCCCCUGCAACAUUCAAAACCGGCACAGCUAUGGAUUUGCGGCCCUGCAGCUGGGAGGGAAAACGCUCAACACGCUGCCGGAGUACUGCCUAUCGGCCGGAGAUUUUCCACUCACCUCGGAGGAAGAUUUCGACAACUACGGGGGCUCACCUGACCUCAAACUCGAACGUAAAGGUCGGUACCCUAACACGCUGACCUCAUGGUUCAGAGCCGCCCUCCGCCAGUCUUGGGCCUUCUCCUGUCUCUUUGGAGAGGAAUAUUACCCCGUGCUCGAAAAGGCCGCUUCACAUCUGUUGCGCUUAGGGGAACAACAUGGCUAUGCCUGGCCAGCGUCCGCAGUCUACGGUGCAUGGGAAGAACUUUGGGCCCGUUUUUGCGAAGAAGCACGGGAGUUGGAUCGUCGCAUUCGCAGAGCCAUGCAAGACGAGUCUGAGCUGCUGGGGGACAAGACCUAUAACGGGCAGCCCUGGCUCCAACUGCCGGGUACCUUUCGCCUUGACGACGAUACCCAAUACUUCUGCACCGAUAUGUUGCCGCGCAUGCAGCGCCAACUCUCUCGAGCGUGUUGGGCCGGCGCACAGAAGAAGGGCAACACCGGGGGUCGGGCUGCUGGAGAAGGGGAUGCCACCGAGGCUCGAACCGAGCCCGGUGUUCCUCCACCCCCUAAGGAGGGUCGAGCUGGUGGCGAGGCGGCGGAUAAAGCCGCCCCACCAAAACUUCUCGGUCCCAGCCUCACGCCCAAGGAAGCGGCCCGGUCCCUGGACCACCGACCGAAAGACCAACAGGGCCAAUACCUCUGCUGGGACUUCCUGACACAUCGCGGGUGUAACAAGGGACAUGUUGUGGCAGAUUUGGAUAAUGUCCUGCCUACCGACCGGGAAGAAACCCUGGGCGCACUUCUCAAAGACGAAGGCAGCAACUGGUGGCGCGACGUCGAUGCCGACGCCGCUACUCUUACCUGCCCUAGCUCAAAAUUUGAGAAGUCGGCGCGAGCGGACGCUAUGCGAGUCGUUGACGCGGCUGAACCCGCCCUGGGGCCUUAUCCCACUGGACUGGUGGGUGUCUACCUGCGCAAUCGCCUUCUACGCCUCCGCGAGGAAACGGGUCGUGCCCCCGAGCUUGAGGAUGUUACGCACCUGUUGGAGGAAGCUGUCUCCCUGGGUGGCCCAGAGCUGUCUGAAGAAGCCGCCCGCCUCCUUGAGGAACGCGGCAUCCACCGCAAGGCCGGCGAGUCCCCCCUGGUGCAGCUUUCAGGUCUUACAUGGAAUUCCACCAUCGGAACGCUCACCUGGAAGGGCGUCGGUCACUGGGCCAUGUACGACUACCAAGACCAGCUUCCCCUCUCUUCUGAGGCAUGCGAACAGAUGGGAUUUGCCGCCGCCUGCGACGAGCCUAAGCAGUGUUUGUUGCUGCACGUCGCCGCCGCUUACCUCGCCACACCGGACCAGCCUCUCCCCACACCCGAGGCGGUUUGGGCUCUCGCCUCCGAGUGGAGAGUCCGGUGGUGCUCGCAGGCACGAGUCGCCGAGGACUCUCUGGGGCCAACGCCCGAACGGCUCACGCAGGCCGAAGCGGAUGUCCGAGUGUUCCACCACGACCUUCUCCAUUUUGGGCACGACCGCGACUACCGCACUUUGGUUGCCCACCCUUUGGAGGAGUGGGAGUGCCUGGGCUUGGCCGUCCUGCGCCUCGACGCUUAUAUGCGGCCCAGCGUCGAGGUUGUCUGUGGCCGCCGCUAUAGCGGUAAAGCUGAGGACACCCGGUGGGUGCUGGUGCACCGUGGCCACAUGCGUUUGCUGGUUCCCGACGAGUCCUGCUUGCCGCCCUUGGGGAGCCGCGAGCUCGAGGCCGCUGGCUGGGAGGCGUACCUUGAGGAGGCGGAGGGCUCUCCGCUUCUCGACGCGGGGCGUCUCCUGCAGUGCCAGGUCUCCCACCCCAAGCGGGCGCCCGGAUCGUUUCGGACAGGGCGUGAAGCCGGGGCGUUUGGGUUACAGGUUUUGCGCGCCGGUCGGGGCCACUCUGUCGAGGCCCGUUCCGGGCCCGACAAGCACACAGCUGCUCCCGCUAUUUCGACCAAGUCCGUCGACUGGCCGCUGCUCUCCUGUCUGCCCCCCGCAGGAGGCGUCUCUUGCCUCUGGCUACUCCCCGCCGCGCUGCCGCCGGGUCCGCCUGCCGACGAGUGGUCUUCUGUUUUGCGGCUGGCCGCCGCGCAGUUGCAAACCGGUGGGCGCUGCGUGCUCGAGGCUCCCCUCUACCGGCGGGCUUGGACCGACAAGGCCACACGCAUCCAACUUGCCGGCGCGUGUUGGCAUGCCGAACGCCUGCCCAGCCCCUUGUUGGGCCCGGCCGGCGGAGUUACUAUGUUGCGCGCGUCUUUUUGCGUGCCCCCUGGGCUCGCCGCGCUUUGUAGUACCGGGGGGGGGGAGGAGGAUUUUGCUUCCAAAAUGCAAAGGCUGAAGACCGUUCUUGAUAACCCUGCGGGGGAGGCUGAGCGAAAAAGCCAAGAAGCUGACCUCUCUGAGGGAACAGGUGACUCCGUCAGGUGCGGAAAGCUGUUCGCUGACUCCGGCCCGCUCCUGGGGCCUCCGCCGUCCUGGCUGCCUAAGAGCCUCUCCAAAGAAGCAGAAGAGGCGGCGGAGGCCUACCUGCAGAAGGUGCACCAGGUUGAGUACUCUUUGGAAGCGUGGAAUGGUGCCGUGCAAGCGGGAACGACCCUCCUCAGGCUUUGUGGAGGAUGGAAGGGGACGGUGGGAGCGCUGCGCUACGCGUGGAGGGCUCGGGGAGAAGAUCACUUCGCAGGGCUCUUUGAUCACCACCUCGACAGUCACCUUCCGGAGGAUCUCCUUGCGUGGGUUAGAAGGGGUAAAGGCCGAGUACCGUGGCACGCAGCGUGCCCGGGUUAA